AUGGAGGAUAGAAUUGGGGCUCCUAUUAGAAGUAAUGAAUGUAUGGAGUUCAGAAGGUGUGUGGAUAACUGUCAGAUGGAUGAUAUGAAAGCUACAGGCUGCUUCUACACUUGGAAUAACAAGCAAAGUGGAGAGGCUCGAGUUUUUUCCAAGAUAGACAGAGUGAUGUGCAAUGUAGAGUGGAUCUUAGCUUACCAAUUCAAUGAGGCCAUGUUUCACCCUGAGGGAGACUUUGAUCAUAGUCCUAUGGUGUUGAUCUCUCACCCUGGGAUUCAAUCUGGAAAGAAGCCAUUCAGAUAUUUUGCCAUGUGGAAGAAUGCUGCAAAUUUUGAAACCAUAGUCCAGAGUAGCUGGAAUGAAAUGAUUGUGGGCACUCCUAUGUUCAGGGUUACUCAGAAGCUGAAGAGAGUGAAGAUUAAGCUUAAGCAAUUGAACAAGGAGGGAUUCUCUGAUUUACAAGCAAAGGAAAUAGCUACUGCUGAGUCUUUGAGAGAAUGCCAGACUUUGUUACAUCAAUUUCCCGAAGAUUUGGAGUUGAGAAGGAAGGAAUCACAAGUUGCACAGGAGCAUAGAGUAGCUCAUGAUUCUUAUAUGGCUUUUCUUCAACAAAAAGCUAAAUGUGCCUGGCUCAAAGAUGGAGAUGCUAAUACAAAAGUUUUUCACAGACAUAUCAAAAAGAGACAGAUCAAAAAUGCAGUGUUUGGGAUUCAUAAUGAGAGAGGUGAAUGGGUUAGUCAACCAGAUCAGAUUAAUCAAGCUUUUUUGGACUAUUAUCAGUCUUUGCUGGGGACUACUAUGCCAGAUAGGAGGAAGGUCAAGAGGAACAUUGUAGCAGCAUGA